AUGGACGUCUUCCUCCCAGAGGAGAUCGCGUUGGACGACGUCGUGGCGCUCGGCCGUCUUGUGCAGGAGGCGUUGCAGAUGGCUCUGCGCGAGAGAGCCAACAGCACCACCAGCACCAGUACUGGUAUGGAUCAGGCGCGUGUGCUUGUGAACCGCAUGAACAUCACACACUGCGAGGUGCCUCCGCUCGACGAGGGUGGAUUUGUGUUUGACGCGAUGGGCGGCGCCACAAUUGACGCUGACGAGGCGGAGCGGAUUGUGCAGCGGUGGCAGGAGCGAGGUGGUGAUUAA